AUGCAGCGACCGGCUGGUCUGUAUGAGGCGGGCCGCAGCGAGUACAACGCUUCCUUUUUCCCCGUUCAGCAGCAAGGAAGCCAGAGAGAAGGGGGGGCAUUCAGUAGCGCUGCUGGAGCCACACAAAACGCAGAGAGGUUUGCUGCUGAUCAGCAACAAGCAGCAGCAGGGGCACCAUCAAUGUAUGCUCAAGGAGAAGAUGGCCCCGUACAGCAACAGUCUCCCCCGUAUUUCUACUGGCGAGAUUUCUUCUUCUGGACAGAACUCAGCAGAGAGUGUUUCUUAGACGGAGAGAUUCAACUUUCUAGUUUGUGGGUGGUGCUGCAUGCAGCAGCAUUGCUCGGUGGCCGGGGCUUCCUCAAGUCUCGCGCUGCUGUACACGUUGCUGCUGCGGACUGA